AGCUCAACCGCCUCUUCCGAGGUCCACCCCCUUCGCAGGUAAGCAGGCGAGUCCUGGGCCUCCGCUCGCCGAGGCCCAGGUGUCGGGACUUGCAAUCUCCAGAGACCCUGGAGGGCGGACGGGGGAGGAAGGCUUUAUACUUUGCUGGUGGAGGGUUGGGUUUCUGAGUUCAGACAGGUUCCGAGGCGCUUUCUGGCUGCGCGGGGUUCGGCGUGACACGACUUCGAACUUGUUGCAACUGGUCCGCACACCCGCCCUCGCUCAGCUGUGCACUCGGGCCCGGGGAGGCGCGGUCGGCGCCGGAAUCAGCUUCCCUCCGCCGACCUGACGCGCGGCAGCACCCACAUACCUCUCGUCACUGCACAAAUGGACAUUUGAAAGUGUUUGAAAGUACUGUUGUCAAAUGCUCGCAAGCAUGGAAACCUCAUCAAUGCUGUCCUCACUGAAUGAUGAGUGUAAAUCGGACAAUUAUAUUGAGCCUCACUACAAGGAAUGGUAUCGAGUAGCCAUUGAUGCACUGAUCGAACAUGGGUUAGAAGCAUACCAAGAGUUUCUUGCCAAGGAACGAGUAUCAGACUUUCUAGCUGAAGAAGAAAUUAAUUAUAUUUUGAAAAACGUCCAGAAAGUUGCACAAAGUACGGCAUAUGGUACUGAUAACUCCUACGACGAUACCUCAUCUUCAGGGACCUACUGGCCCAUUGAGUCAGACGUGGAAGCUCCAAAUCUUGACUUAGGCUGGCCGUAUGUGAUGCCCGGACUCUUAGGUGGUACCCAUAUAGACCUCCUCUUUCAUCCACCAAGAGCACACUUACUUACAAUUAAGGAAACCAUUCGGAAGAUGAUAAAAGAAGCACGAAAGGUCAUUGCUUUAGUGAUGGAUAUAUUUACAGAUGUGGACAUUUUCAAAGAAAUAGUGGAGGCAUCAACUCGAGGGAUAUCUGUAUAUAUUCUGCUUGAUGAGUCCAACUUUAAUCAUUUCCUAAAUAUGACUGAAAAACAGGGCUGUCAGGUUCAACGACUCAGGAAUAUUCGAGUGCGGACAGUAAAAGGCCAAGACUAUCUUUCAAAAACAGGAGCAAAAUUUCAUGGAAAAUUAGAACAGAAGUUUUUGUUAAUUGACUGCCAGAAAGUUAUGUAUGGUUCCUACAGCUACAUGUGGUCAUUUGAAAAAGCUCACCUCAGCAUGGUUCAGAUAAUCACAGGACAACUUGUUGAGUCCUUCGAUGAAGAAUUUAGAACUCUCUAUGCCAGAUCCUGUGUCCCCAGUUCAUUCGCUCAGGAAGAAUCAGCAAGGGUGAAGCAUGGCAAAGCACUCUGGGAGAAUGGCACCUACCAGCGUUCAGUUUCCUCACUAGCUUCUGUUUCCAGCCAAAGAAACCUUUUUGGCAGACAGGACAAAAUUCAUAAACUAGACUCCAGUUACUUCAAAAACAGAGGGAUAUAUACUCUAAAUGAGCACGACAGAUAUGGCAUAAGAAAUCAUGGCUACAAGCCUCAUUUUAUUCCACAUUUUAAUGGUCCAAAUACAGUCCGUCAGUAUCAGUCCAGUCAAAUAAAUGAAAAUUGGAAGAGGCAUAGUUAUGCCGGGGAACAGCCAGAAACAACACCAUACCUGCUGCUUAACAGGGCUCUGAAUCGAAAUGUUAAUCCUCCAGGUAAUUGGAAGAAGCCUUCAGAUAGUCUGAGUGUGGCGUCCUCAUCACGAGGCGGCUAUGCAGGCCACCGUAACACACCUGCCCAGAGUUUUGCUGAUCGGCUUGCCCAGAGAAAAACAACCAAUCUUGCAGAAAGGAACUCAAAUGUACGGAGGUCUUUUAAUGGGACAGAUAAUCAUAUUCGCUUUUUGCAACAACGAAUGCCAACCCUUGAACAUACCACAAAGUCGUUCUUGCGUAACUGGAGAAUUGAAUCCUACUUAAAUGAUCAUUCAGAAGCUGCACCUGAUUCAAAUGGAUCGGCUCUAGGUGACCGGUUUGAGGGCUACGAUAGUUCUGAAAAUGUGAAAGCCAACGCUCUUUAUACUCAUUCUCGGCUUCGUUCCUCUUUUGUAUUUAAACCGACUUUACCUGAGCAGCAAGAAGUUAGCAGUUGUACAACUGGCUCCUCAAAUUCAACUGUCGUCGGUUCCCAGGGAAGUGACACACCUAAGGAGGUCUCGGACACCCCUAUGAGUGUACAGCAUAUGACAGACAAGCCCUUGCCGGAAUCAACCCCAAAGCUCCCACUGCAGUCUGAGGCACCCAAAAUGCACACCUUGCAGGUUCCCAAAAACCACUCAGCAGGCUCGCAUCAAACUACAAAUGGCCAUACAGAGUCAAACAACUAUUUAUAUACAUCCUUGUGUUCAAAUAAGCAGACAGAAAAUCUAAAGAGUCAACAAAAUGAGAAUCUGCUCAAAAGGCGAAGUUUCCCAUUCUUUGACCACUCAAAAGCCAAUUUAGAUCAUGGACACAGUAAGCAUUAUGUAUAUAGUACGCUUACCAGGAAUCGAGGUAGACAACCAGAGAAACCCAAAGAGGAUUUGCUGAAAAGUUCUAAGAGUAUGCACAAUGUGACCCAGAGCAUGGAAGAGGACAGGGAGGCCAUCAAGAGAGACCCUCCGAGUGGCACUACUACCAAGUCAAUUUCCAUUGCUGCUUUGCUCGAAAUGAAUAAAGAUGAACCUAGCAAAGAACUCCCUUCAAAGAAGGAAGUUAAAGGUUCGCCAAGUUUUUUGAAAAAGGGCUCUCAGAAGUUAAGGUCAUUACUUAGCCUUACCCCAGAGAAGAAAGAAAAUCUAUCCAAAAAUAAAGCCCCUGCCUUUUAUAGAAUGUGCAGUAGUUCUGACACAUUAGUUUCUGAGACCGAGGAGAAUCAAAAACCAAAGAAGUCAGAACCAAAAGUUGAUUCAUCUCCUAGAAGAAAGCGUUCUUCCUCAUCAAACUCUCAAGGCAGUAUUCAUAAGAGUAAGGAAGACGUAACUGUUAGCCCAUGUCAGGGGAUCAAUUCUCCAUCCGAUGAAAGUAGUAAAACAAUACCUUCUUCAGGUCCAGUUGAAAACAAGUUCUUGGAAAGGGCAGGUGAUGCUUCUGCCCCUCGAUUUAACACCGAACAGAUCCAGUACCAAGAUUCGAAGGAGGCUAAUACAGUUCUGGCUCCUGAAAGAAAACCAGCUUCUUCUCCAAGGCAAAAGUCCAGUGAGCUUCUAAGAUCUCAUUCAACCGAUAGGCGCAUUUACAGUCGUUUUGAGCCGUUUUAUAAGAUUGAAAGCUCUAUUCAGCCAGCAAGCAACCUGCCAAAUACUGGUGUGCACCGCCCAGAAAUAAAAUCCACAACUUUGGGCAAUAGUUACGGCAGGUCCAGCCCACUGCUUAACUACAACACUGGUGUGUACCACUCAUACCAGCCAAAUGAAAACAAGUUCCGAGGAUUUAUGCAGAAAUUUGGAAACUUCAUACACAAAAAUAAAUGAAAUACUGUAACAUCAAAUAGUUUUAAAAAUACAAAUGACAGUAACUAUAAGUUUGUGUCCAGAGAACACUGUGGGUAGUUUUUGUAACAUGCCAAUAGAUUUCUAGAAGGGCAGAGUUUGGGGAUAUGAUAUAAAUGUUUGCCAGUGUACUAAUAUAUACAGUAAAGUUCUGUGUGAUAAAAUUAGUUGUGCUUCAUUACAGUGUAGAUAGAAUGCCUCUAUACACAUGGUUUUUAAAUGGUAGUGGUAAAAAAAAUGUAAACUGUUUUCUUCAGACUGAAGAUCUUUUUAAGUCUCAGAUAGAAACUUUAGUGGAGACAUGGUGUAUGGAUUUUAAGCAUUUGUUCCAAACCCUUUCCCUUUAAAAAAGGAUCAGAAUAUAUCUCAGUGGCCCUUUAUAAUAUAUCUUUAUGGGUUUUCGUAGCUUCACAUUAUGAGAAAAUAGGACAAAGCCUUUUUGGGUUUUAAUUACCUUUAAAUUCUACAGGGUAACUUGUUCUAUUUCAUUAAUGUUUUAUUUUCCUGUGGAACAUAUGUGACCGGUUAGGCAGCAACAAUACAAUUUAAGUCAUGUAGGUCAGCACAUCUUUCAUUUUGACUUCAGUGUUUGCAGACUAUCAAACUCAUGUAGUACCUGGUAGGAAUUUCUGUUCCUAAUUUUUUUUAAAAAACCUUCCAGGUGUUGUUUCUUUGCACUCUGGACCAAGGAAGCCUAUACUCCAGUCACCAGGGAACUGCUGAACUGUUAUAAGCAUUCUUUCUUUGAAACUUGGAGCAAGCAACAGAUAUUUGGGAAACUUGAAUUCUAAACUUCUGCAUAAAUUUUUAUCUUAAGAGUAGCAGGACAAAGCUUAGAUGUUUUGCUUAUAAAAGUCUUUGCUCUUUUUUACACUGUGCCAAAUGUAAUUUGUGCCAAACAAUCUGACUGCAUACUGUUUUCAUAAAAGUUCCGUGAUGAACCUGAGAAGUGAUAUCUGGCCCCAUUCUUCCAUGACUAUGAAGCCUGGUUGAAAGUUUUAACUCCUUCAAUAUCUUAAUUUGGUGAUGAUAUCUUAAUUUGGCUAUGCUAUAAAGCAUAAGAUACCCUUUGCCUUUUUUAGAGUAAUGAAAUUAAAGCCCCAUGUCUGUUAAAGAGAUUUAACUUAUCUUUACUUCAUCCAGAAAGUACAGAAUUCAAGAAACAAUGCAUCAUUUGAGAAGUGUAAAGUGUUUUUGUAAGACUUUAAAUAUCUUAUAUAACAUCUUCUGAGCUGCAGUGUGGAGCAGUAUGUUGUUUUAAAAAAUCAGGGCUUAGUCAAAUAAUGUCUGUGUCAUUAAAUUAAAAAAAAAAACAGCAUUAAAAUACCAGUCAUUAGAAUAAUUUUCCAUAGUAUUAAAAUAGCAUGAUAACAUGAUGAGAGAAGACAUGUCAGUAGAGAAAAUAAACCUAACAUUUAUUGAGCACUUUUAUAGACCAGGUCUUCAGCUAGAACCUAUAGUUCCCACAACAAUUAUUUUAGCUUCGUCCUCAUUAUUUGUAGGUGAUGAUUAAGGUGAUAAAUGAAACUUUGAGACUCAGAGAGGUAAGGCCCCAACUCACACAGUUAAAAGAUAAUGGUACUCUAGUGUCUAACAUGCAGUCACAUCCCGUUUCCUCCCAAAUGAGUUCAACAUUGGCCUCACCUGAACUAUUGAGAAUUAAAUGAGAGAAUGUUUAUGUUUUCUGCUUCAACAGUAAUCAGCUAAGAAAGGUUUAGUUGAAUUCCACCAGAUAAGAAGGAUAUAGUGGGGCUUAAAAUAAUCAUAGUAGGUGAGAUAGGAAAUGAAAUUGACAUUUAUUUCUGAUUGUAACUUAGCAGGCCAGUUUUAAUUGUUAGACCACCAUUUUGAUCUUGUGCUGGUUAACCUGUGACAACGAAAAGAAGGAAAAGGAACCAUAAGUGAGUUUAACCUGUGUAUGUGCUAGGGAAAGCAGUCCACUGGGUGAGAAAGCUCAGCAGGGAAUGGAACUCAGUGUUAAAUAUGUUAUCUCCUUACCUCUUCACAAUGGCCCUGUGAAGUAAGUACGUCCUUUUUUGCAAAUGAGAAAACUAAUCCUCAGAGACGUUCCAAAAUCUUCUGAGAUGUAUGGCUCUGAACUGGUAGAACUGGGUUUAAACACAAAAUGGGGUGUGAACACAAAAGCCUGUGUUUUUAAUACCAUUUUCUUUUUCCUUUUUUUUUUUUUUCAGUGAGAGUGACCAAGAGAGGGGUGGGUUGAGGGUGGAGGACAGAAGACCAAAGCUGGCUCUGUACUGACACCAGCAAGCCCGAUGUGGGGUAUUGAACUCAUAAACCACAAGAUCUUGACCUGAGCCAAAGUCAGAUGCUCAACCCACUGAGCCACCCAGGUGCCCCCUGUAGUUUUAGUAGUAAACCAUCCCAUACUUUGUUUUGAUUGAGGAAGCUUUCCUGAAAGUGGUCUCUCUUCUUUGCUCUAUCUUUACAAAUUGUAGAAAUAUACCAGUAACUGUAUAGCAAUAGCAUUUUAUAAACACAAAUCCAAAAUAUAAAUUCAGUUUAACAUUAUUCAUAAAAAUGGGUUUUAAAGACUCUCAUUAUUGUUAUAAUCUUAUAAGAGUCCCAUUGUUUUGGAAAGCUGUGUGUAAUAGAUUGUACAUUUGGCACACUUCCUAAAUAGUAUAAAAAUAAAAUUGAGAAAGAAAGUUAUUUUUCACAGGCAAAGUAGCCAGUUGUAUUUACAAAUAUUUUGCAUUUUUAAAAUGACUUUUGGAAUGUGCAUUUCCUUAUAAUCAGAUAAGAAAUUCAGUUGCAAUGAAAAAAAUCUAAUUGCUAGUGGGUUAGGUUUUAGAGUCCUCUGGCAGUGUAUAAUCUUCAUAUGUUAGUAUCAAAUUAUUAAAAAGCAUUAGAAUUGGAAUCCAGUGAAUGAAAGAUAUUUUUCAUUUUGCUCUUAGAAAAUGUCACUUUUGUAAUUCUGAACCAUAGUCCUUUACCCACUUACCAAAGGUAGAACCCAUAGUUAACCAAACCAAAUUGACUUUAAUAUUACCCAUUCUUUGUCUGUUAGAUGGGGCAUUUUUCAAGGCUAAGAGGAUAAUGGGCUAAUUGUCUUUAGACAGCUCUGAAAUUGGAAGCUCUAAAAUGUAGAGCAGGGUAACUUUGAAGCUGAAAUUACAUAGACGAGUUUUAAUCAUGUUUAAUUACAAGCAAAGGCCUGUUGCUUUUUUUGUACAGUGACUGCCAUCAUUUCUGGAAACAUAGAUAGCUUUUAAAUAGUCCCUGAAUCCCUCCUCUUCCUAGUGGAAUUGAGAAGUGCAUGAUGCUUUAUUUCAUCUACCUGUGACAAGUAGCUUGGGCUUUUGUACAGAUUUCUUUUCCUCUGCCUUUUUCCCCCCAUUUAUUUAUUUUUUUUCUCCAGAAACCUCUGUAUUUCAGAAUCUAUACUUCCCAAAGUUACUAUGGCUGAGAAAUUCCUCAGGAUUGGGACUGAGUAAGCACAUAAUACUUCAAAUAAUUUACUCAGAGUUUAAGUUUCAAACAGAUGCUUUCAAACUUCAUAGAUGUAAUCAUUUCAAGCAAAACACUUUCUUUUGCUCCCCAUAUUAAUAUUGGUGGAAAGAUAAUGGCACUUAGAUGUACUUUCAUAUUACAGUUUGGUAAGGCAGUUUUUACUGUCUACAUAAUACAUUAGUUUGUAAGCAGAAACUCAAGAAAAUAGGUACGAUUUCAAAGCAGAUUUGGCAGAUGUCUGCAGAAUAGCUGAAGUGCUUGUAUCCUGAACAUGCUGGUAUCUCUCUACUAUAGUGAUUGGGAUUAGCCACGUUUCUAAUGUGGCAUAUUGAGUAAUGGGUUAUGUGUUGGCAGUCUAUUUUUUAUGGAAACAAAUACCUUGUUUAAUCAAGAUGACAUCUAUUGUGAUCUAGAUAAGCAAGGAAGAAGUUGAACUCCGGCAACAUUCAACUAUAACUAUACUCAAGAUUGUCCAGUUAUUCAGCUAUUACUCUGCAGAUAUUUGUCUUUCAUGAGUAUCUAUUGAUUCAAUGUGACUAUGGCCAAGGGAUGGAAAGUAGAAUCAUUGUUUCACCCUAACUACAUGUGAUAAUGUUUUUUAAAAAAAGUUUAUCUUAAUAUUCAGUUUUGUUCUAGAAUAUUUAAAAUGAAAAGGAUGAAAUUAUAAACCAAAGAGUCAAUUUUUAUAUACAUAAAUGUUGGCAAAGAAAUAUUCUUCCAAAUUAGCCUGGUUUUAGAUCUAAUAAAUAAAUAUUAACUAAUUUUGU